GCAGUCGUCUCGUCUGCUGACACAAGUAGAUAAGUUUGACAAAAUGGGAGAAAAUAACAUCAAAGAAAAUCUACUGGUCGGUCUAGGAAAUCCUCUUUUAGACAUUUCGGCUGUAGUGGAUAAACAAUUUUUGGAUAAAUACGAACUAAAAGAAAAUGAUGCAAUUUUGGCAGACGACCGACAUCUUAACUUAUACGAGGAUAUUACAGAAAAUUGCAAAGUAAGUUACAUAGCUGGUGGCAGCGUACAAAAUACUUUGAGAGUGGCGCAAUGGUUGUUGGGCAGCCGUAACGUAGCAACUAAGUUUGGAUGUGUUGGAAAAGACAAAUACUCAAAAAUUCUCCACGACAAAGCUACAGAGAGCGGUGUAAAUGUUAGGUAUCAGUAUCAUGAAAGCGAACCAACAGGAACCUGUGCUGUUCUUAUAACUGGCCAAAACCGUUCUCUUUGUGCAAACCUGGGCAGUGCCGGACAUUUCUCAGUGGAUCAUUUACGCCAACCAGAAAAUAGAAAACUAUUAGAAAGUGCACAGUUCUUCUACGUAUCUGGAUAUUUUCUAUCAGCAAAUCGCGAAGCCCACAAUGAAGCUGCUAAAAUAGCAUUGAAGAAUGACCGACCUUUUAUGCUGAACUUAAGCGCACCUAUUGUUUGUCAAAUCUUUGCUAAGGAUAUCAUAGAAACCCUGCCAUACGUGGAUGUUCUUUUUGGAAAUGAAUCUGAAGCUGAAUCUAUAUCAGAAAGUUUAAAUCUAGGCACCAAGAAUGUGGAAGAAAUCGCUUUGAAAUUGUCCCAGCUGCCCAAACAAAACGAAAGACGAAAAAGAUUGGUUGUGAUCACUCAAGGUGUAGAUCCAGUUGUAUGUGCAUUUGAAGGCCGGAUUAGAUCAUUCCCAGUAGUGAAAUUGCCACAAGAAAAAAUUAUAGACACCAACGGAGCUGGUGAUGCUUUUGUCGGAGGAUUUUUAGCUCAGUUCAUUUUAAAUAAAAAUUUAGAUGUUUGUGUUAAAUGUGGUAUUUGGGCCGCCACAGAAAUAAUACAACGGAAUGGUUGCAGUUUCGAAGGAAAAUCAAAUUUUAAUGAAGCUAUUUAAAAUCUAGAUAAAUAAAUUAUCAUUUACUAU